AACCCUCCUGCAUAAAUACGGAUGAGGGUGGCAGAGAAAAAGAGAUAUUAUUAUCAUUGUUAAUAUUAUUAUUAUUAUUAUUAUUAUUAUUUAAAUAAUGAUACGUGCAUUAAUAACGAGGAAAAAGAUCGUAAGAAAAACGCGGCAAAAUUGUUUUUCAUGUUGGUGAAUUUUCGUUUUUUACUUCAGUGCAUGAAAAGUGGAUGAGGUUAUUAGAGGGACUGAGGUUGUGUUUGAACCCUCGGAGCAAGUGAGACGGAAAUGAAUGGGGUUUAAAGGCUCUGGUUUUCCAUAGAGAAAAGCGUAUAAUAAAAGCUUUCCUAUACACAUACGAAUAUUUAUCCCUCAUCGCGGCGGACAAAAUGAUGGAGGUAUUUUGUAACCCUUAUUGAGGAGGAUUUCAGUGCGCGACUCAGCUGCCAGGUUGAACAGGAAAAUAUUUACGGUUGAUGUCGGUCGAAUAGCGGAAAAGAAAAUAUAAACGAUCGACGGUUGUGUUUUUAUUUGGCAUCUUAUUUUUAUUACACAUUCCAAGUAAGCUCUCUGUGUGAUUGUGCUCAGUUGACGCUGAUUUCAGUGCAGUGCCAGGUCGUAGUGUGGUUUCGUCGAACCAAUCCUGUGCACGGGGUGACCGAACAACGCUCAUCUAUACAUUUAGUAUUGAUUCGCCCUGGUGGCACUCGCUCUUUCUCCUUAUUCUCUCAUGUGUAUUUUUAUUUGUUGUCGUUGAUUCGACGAAAUACUCUACUGUAUCAAAUUACGAGGUAACACCCUAACGUGAGAGGAAUAAAAUAAGCGAAAAAUCCGUGCUCGAAUGGGGAAAAUACAAAGUGGGAAUCCUUGCGUUCGAAACAAUGAGAAGAAACAACGAGUUAUUCCGUACGAUCGUUUUUAUACUGCAAUAACUCGCAGUUUCUGAUCACUCGAGUUUUUGAUUAAAACCUUAACUAGUGACGAAAGCUAUAUCGGAAAAUAGCGUUCAAUACAGUUCGAGUUUCGGGGAUAUCGUUUAAUUUGGACCGAUCUAAAAUAUGAGGCGGCUCGAACGAUCACAAGUCGAGCUUGUGUCCCGGUUAUGAAGUAAGCUCAUUUAUCAAUUAUUUAUCAAUUCUCGUAUUUGAUUUUUGAGACUUAAUGGUGCCGUUGAGGAAAGAGGUUGAUCACGGGCUUGCGGAAGUACUCGUGACGGUUUUAGUGGUGCAACAUAACGCCAGCGAACAAAAGGGUUGAGCGGGUCAGAAGAAAGAACGAGAGAGUAAGAGAGCGAAGUCGUCCCCCUGCCUUGCUUCGCGAAUGCUCGAAGCACUCGAAAGCUGAGGAAUCAAGCAGUGUCGAGAACCAACGAAAUUAUUAUGUCUUCAAUAUCGGCUCAGGGCGUCGUCGAAAGGGCCAGCGCCGAAUUGACUAAGAGAAUCAAUGGACUUGGACUCCGUGCAUCGAAACAUCAUGGAGGCGGAAAGGCAAGUGUCAUGGAGCGCGUCACAAACGUAUUUUGCGGGGGUGGAGCUGUCGCGUAUACGAAUUUGCAGAGCGCCAAUAACGCGAACCCAACGCCCGAAAAACCGAGUAGAAGCGUUCAGAUGCCUGGCAACAAUACUGUUAACGCUGGUAACAAUAAGAGCAUAAACAGCGCAGGCAAUGCGACAUCGCGAGGAAGAAUAUCUAGGAACAGAAUGAAAAAUGUGCCACUGGCGAGCGGUGGCACGGGGGGAUAUUUUCCACCCUCCUCUUGGGAACAUCUCAUGAGCGACGACAAUUUUUUGAGCCGUUUUUUCCUAUACUUCAAUGCGAAUGACAGAAGGAUUCUCGCUCAGGUGUGUGCACGGUGGAGAGAUGUUUUGUACGCUCGGCCAAGAUUCUGGGCUGGUCUGGUACCGGUGGUCAAAUGUCGCGAAGCUCGUGCUAUGGCCGCAGGCUCCAGGACAAGACUCUACGCUUCGCUCGUUAGACGGGGCUUUCAUUCUCUCGUUCUCGAGGGUGCCGCUGACGAGGAUAUACCAGAGCUUACUCACAGUUUUCCACUUGCUCAGCGGCACGUGCACUCGCUUUCUUUGAGAGGCUGCGUCGUCACCGAUCGAGGACUCGAAGCCCUUCUCGAUCAUCUUCAGGCACUUUUUGAGCUCGAAUUGGCGAGUUGUAACGAGAUAACGGAAGCCGGACUGUGGGCAUGUCUAACACCGAGGAUAGUAUCGCUGUCACUUUCGGACUGUAUAAACGUGGCGGACGAAGCGGUUGGCGCAGUGGCACAAUUGUUGCCGAGUCUCUACGAAUUUUCGUUGCAGGCUUAUCACGUUACGGAUGCAGCUCUCGGUUAUUUUAGCGCAAAACAGAGUAGCUCGUUGAGUAUCCUGAGGCUUCAAUCCUGCUGGGAACUGACGAAUCACGGGGUUGUCAAUAUAGUCCAUUCUUUGCCCAAUUUGACGGUUCUCUCGCUGUCUGGGUGCAGUAAAGUGACGGAUGACGGUGUAGAGCUCAUUGCCGAAAAUCUACCGAGACUUCGAUCUCUCGAUCUUAGCUGGUGCCCGAGGAUAACCGAUGCUGCACUCGAAUACAUCGCUUGCGAUCUCAAUCAUCUCGAGGAACUUACAUUAGACAGGUGUGUCCAUGUAACUGAUAUCGGAGUUGGCUACAUAUCGACCAUGGGUUCUCUCAGCGCAUUAUUUUUACGGUGGUGUUCACAGUUACGAGAUUUUGGGUUGCAGCAUCUCUGUGGAAUGAGAUCCCUUCAAGUUUUGUCUGUGGCCGGCUGUCCAUUACUAACGAGCAGUGGCUUAUCGAGUCUAAUCCAACUUCGUCAUCUCCACGAGCUUGAAUUGACAAACUGUCCGGGUACUUCGCGCGAAUUGUUCGAUUAUCUUCGGGAGCAUUUGCCUCGUUGCCUCGUAAUAGAGUGAGAGAGAACCACAGCUGAGAUCAAAUUUUCCACUAUAGUCGUGAGGUAUCCAUCAGAUACGGGAGAAAGAUAGAAACAAAACGAAUAAUCUCUUCGGAUGAAGAAAACAACAGAAAAAAAGAAGAAAAUUGCUCGCAAACGAAAAACGAUAGUCGGGUUUUAAUAAACUUCCGAGAAUUUUCACUUUUUACGGCAAGUCCCGGAUACAUUUUUAGUUCCCGCGCAACCCCGUAAAAUCCUCGAUUAAACUGAUUAAUUGAGGGAGAAAUAAUUGCUCUUACGUUUUUACACUUUCACGCAUUUUUCCGCAUGUAAAAGAGAGCAACAGCUUCGUUAAAGCAAACAUUGAAAAAGCAAAAAAAGUAAAAAGUGCACUAGAAGUAUUACGCGCGCAUGUAGAGCUUAACAUUUGCGCGAGUAUGGCAAAAUGAAAUGUGGAAAUAGAAAGGUGGACAAGAAAAAAAAUAUCGUAUAACUAGUGGUUAUACCGCCGAAAAGGCGAGUCGCGUUUUAAUAACGAUAUUAUACUGUUGUACCGUAUACGAGAAAGAACAAACCAAAAGAGAUAAUGAUCGCGACAGACACGCCGGUUAGGACUGUGAUAAAUUUUUAAUAUACGUUCAUUUUUCUCAAUUCGUUUAAAAAAGAUUCAAAGGGAUUAAGGCAGUAAAGAUCAUCAAUACAAACGAACGUAAAACAGAGAAUGGAAUAUGAGGUUUUCAUAGUGGAAAUAGCUUCAUCGUUCAUUUUUCAGUCGUGUUACAUGCUAUUUAUGCCGAUGCAAUUUCAUUUGUACUCUAGCGCUACUUUUGUCGUUGGUUACGUACAUUACGUUAUGUACGUUACGUACAUAGAAGUAACGUUUCACAGAGCAUUCGAGUACAAUUAAAUGACAUUAAUGCUACAACAUUAUUUGUAAAAAUCGACAAACACAUCGUUUUUUAUUUUGCAUCAAAGCCAAAGUACUUGAACCCUCCCUUAUACCGCAGUAUGAGCAAAACAACACUUUUUUUAAAGUAUACAUUUUAUUCAUCAACAACCAUGAAAUGGUAGUAACUAAUGCAUUUCGGAAUUUUCAUAGAAAUGCUUUCAACGUUUCACCGAACUUAUUCGAUUGAAUUGAUUCAAUUCAAGACACUUUUAACCGCAAUAAAAGCUUCCGAAGUUCAUUAUAAAAUUGACUUUUUUUAGCGGCACAUACGACAGAGGUUGAAAGCGGAUUUGAACGUUUUCGGUGAACUUUUAAUUCGAGAAUUUAUCUCAUACUCGUUCGGAUAUGAUUUGAGCGUUCUGAACAAUUGGUUUUUAAGAAUGCCCUCACGUGAACGAUAUGCAUAUUUACUCUACGACGAUUUAAGUUGAAUAUGCACUUUAAUUAAGGGAGAAUUCGUAUUUGACAGAAUGAAAAAAAAGCGGCAGCAAUAAGUAAAACCAGGAUUCUCGUUUUUCAAUCACUGGCAAAUUGGUGAAAAUUCUCUUUUCCAAGCGCAAACGCGCUCUCGUUGGUCGAAGCUUUACCAUUUCCAAUAGAAAACUAUAGCGUCGCGGUUACGUAGAUCAGCUCGCACGAAUGUACUCGAGAAUUUGAGACGAAGAUAAAAAUGCGGUCACAAGGACGUGUUUUAACUGCGCAAGAAAAAAUGAAACAUUGCUUACAUCGUUGAAGUACGAAAAGCCAAGUUGUCUUGACGUUUUCCCAAAUUUUCUCCUCACGAAUCCAUAUUCAAAAAGCAAAUGAAGAAAUAAUACUUUUAUCAGUUCGUUAUGGUUUGCACGAAGUGUAAUCCUCCAAUUAUGUAGGAGAAAAUAUGGACGCGAAAUCGUCAUCGACUGAACGUGUAUCUUCACGUCGUCUCAAAUAGCGAGAAUUCGGCCCUUAAAACCCUUUGGAAUGCUAGUCACACUUUGCUUUAUAGAUAACUGAUAAAGAAUGAAAUAACAAAAGAUCUAUUGAAAUAAAUCUAUAUCUACCCUGGCGGGCCUGUGGAGGCCACAAAAAAUAUGAACAAAAAUAAAAAAAAAGGAAAACAUUCCACGUCGUACCUAAGAAAAUUGAAAAGAAGUCACACCGUGCGAUCCGACAAUUGUUAUGUUAUGUGUCGUGCUGUUCAAAACUCCCUCCAGUCUCGAUAAAUGUGAAGAACGAUUACGCGAAUCAUUGACUCUAAAGCGAGAUAGGAGUAACGAAUAUUACCAUUUUCAAAUUGUAUUAGAUAUCGUCAUUUUACACCUUCAUAAAUUAUUGUACACUCUCGCAGAACACACUCAUAUUACAAAUAUUAUUGUGUCUUUGCUUUUGAGACGGUUCGGUCGGAUUCCAAUCAAAUGAUUCCUCGCUUCAUUCACUUGAGAAUAACACUCGGGGACCUGCUCUCAUUUCUUCUUCGUUUUUUUAUAAUUCUUGCAUCGAAAAACAAAUUUUCUUGAAUUUAUAUUUUAAUGGGGACUGGCGGUGUCAAUUGAUCAUCCGGACUUUCUCAAAACACAGAAAAACAAGAAAAAUGAUAAAAUUCUGAUAGCUCGUUUUAUCUCGAUGUUAUGUAUACCUGUGUGGAGUUUAAAGAAAAAAUUAAGAAAGAAGUAACAUGGAUCGAUUCUUUCAUCACGUUGUGUCUCAUUUUUCCAAAAAUAUUCUUCUCAUUAUAAUUCAUCGUCGGUGUUGAAUAUCGUUGCAACAAAAAUAACAUUUCAGUAGAAAACAAUUUUGAUUGUGACCAUUAUUAUCAUCGUUAUGAUAUUAUUAUAUGAAAAAAACUAAAAAAAAAAAACAAAAAACAAAAAAAUGAAUAAACCAAAAAAAUUGUGUGUCUGUGGUUUAGGAGCAGCCACUGUCGAAUCGUGAAUCCUAUUGAAAUCAAAUUCUAAAUCAAUUCGAGCAUAAAAAUAAUUCAAAAUAGGUGAACGUUACUCCAUCAUUUUUCGUUCGAACUUGAGUUGUAAAAAUUAUUCAACCGAAAUAAACAUGCAAAUGCGAAAUUUGUAUUCUAAUAUGCGAUCUAUUUAGAAUUUGAUUUCAUUGUGUCAGCUAUUGAUAAGUAGCUAUUGAUUGGAACUCGUUGUUAAUAAUUUGAAAUCCGCGAAUCGUAACGAGACGGUAGAGUCGUUACACGAUUUAAUUAUAAGCAGAUUGAUAAAUAUAUAUAUAUACAUAUAUAGACACACACACGUGUAUAUAUAUAUAUAUAUACAUUAUAUAAAUAUCGGAUAAUUUAUUUGGAUGAGUAAUAUUAUUAAUGAUGUACGAUAAUUGCUGUAUAAUUUGUACGAUAGAAACUUGGAUAGUCAAUCACUGUAAUUUUUACGAAAUGCUGAAAAAAAAGAAAAACCCUAGAAUAUGUAUUUAUUAUUCUUCUUACAAAUUCAUUUAUUAAUGGUUCGUUUUGUUUACCGCGUAAUAUGUCCUCGUACGUUCUGAGCCCGCAGGGUAUUUUUUGUAUAUAUUGUACAAAUAAUAAUAACACCAAAUAAUUGACGAA